AUGGCGACACCAUCAUCAAUUUAUGAUUUCCAAGUCAAACAUAUCGAUGGUUCGACGGUUUCUCUCGAUAAAUAUAGUGGUUUGGUUGUUAUCAUCGUUAAUGUUGCUUCAUAUUGUGGAUUGACUAACUCAAACUACAACGAGCUUAAAGAGCUUCAAGAAAAAUAUUAUGAUCGUGGAUUAAGAGUGGCUGCAUUCCCAUGCAAUCAAUUCGCUUUCCAGGAACCCUUUUGUGAGGCCGACAUUUCGAAAUUUGUGACCGAAAAAUUCAAAUUUGAACCUGAUCUUUAUGCGAAAAUCAAUGUUAAUGGUGCGAAUGCUGAUCCACUUUGGAAUUAUCUUAAAAGUGAACAGGGCGGAACCUUGUUCGAUGCUAUUAAGUGGAAUUUCACCAAGUUUUUGGUAAAUCGUAAAGGAAAGGUCGUUGCGAGAUUUGGUCCAAAUUCGAAUCCGAAGAGUUUUGAAAAUGAAAUUAUUCGCCUGCUCGAUGAAUCCGCUUAA